UGGUAAUUAUUGCAACUCUUUAUGCUUGGGUUUUGUUGAACAAUGAGCAACCUGCAACAGCUGCUGUCAAGUUUUUAGCUCCACUGUGUCAUGUGCUUUGUAGGCCUAUAAAAUCCAAACAUAAAUGUUUCUGCACUCAACAGGUUCCUGACACACUUUAAAGUGGAAAGUCUCCAAAAUCCUGUUAGGUUAAGUAUGUGUUUGUGCUUUUGACUUUUUGUUUUUCCACCUAAAUAGUUCUUUACUGAGUCAUGGUUUCACCAGCGAGCCUGCACUGAACUCGAAGCUGCAUUGACUGACGGUGAAUACUCGGCAACAAAGCAUCAGGUUUUCUUUUUCCUUUGGGACAAAGUUUUUAUGCACAAGAGUUUAAAAUGGGGAAAAUGCUCUCAAAAAUAUUUGGCAACAAAGAGAUGAGAAUAUUGAUGCUCGGACUUGAUGCCGCUGGAAAGACGACAAUCCUUUACAAACUGAAACUGGGACAGUCUGUGACCACAAUUCCUACAGUUGGCUUCAACGUGGAAACGGUCACUUACAAAAACGUCAAGUUCAACGUCUGGGAUGUCGGAGGCCAGGAUAAGAUCCGCCCUCUGUGGCGACACUACUACACGGGCACCCAGGGCUUAAUUUUUGUGGUGGAUUGCGCCGACAGGGAUCGCAUUGACGAAGCGAGACAAGAACUCCACCGCAUCAUUAACGACCGGGAGAUGAGGGAUGCCAUCAUCUUGAUAUUCGCCAAUAAGCAGGACCUCCCGGAUGCCAUGAAGCCACAUGAAAUCCAAGAGAAGCUCGGAUUGACCCGCAUCCGAGACAGGAAUUGGUACGUUCAGCCGUCCUGCGCAACCACAGGGGAUGGACUUUAUGAGGGUUUGACAUGGCUAACCUCAAAUUACAAAUCUUAAUGAUUGAGUGCUGACUGUUUUAGGUCAAAACUA